AUGGCUCUACGCAUGGGCGGGAGUGCGGCAGCACCCGAGAACCGAUCGUCACCUACCAUCUACCAACAACAGAUGUGCCAAAUGGUUGAAAGAACCAUGGCCGAAGAUGCAAACAUUGACUUGAAAGGAAGCAUAGCAGAAAACGCCGAUGAACCCAAGCAAGACCGCUUCGAAUGUGUCAUAUGCCGCGAGCAAUUCAUUUUUUUCAAAGUGAUCAGGGCACCUUGUUCCGACUACUAUUGCCAGGAUUGCCUGUUCCAACUUUUUGGGGCUGCUUUGAGGGAUGACUCGCUGUUCCCACCGCGAUGCUGUGGCAUCUCUAUCCCUCUAGAUCACGUGCGAACACUCAUCGGAUCGGACACCUCGCGUCGAAUGGAGGAAAAGACACUGGAGAUUAACGACGCCUCCCGAACGUACUGCUCAAAGCGAACCUGCUCAGCUUACAUACUCCCGUGCCAAAAGCAAGGGAGCUGCGGCACGUGUCAAGUAUGUGAGCAGAAGACUUGCAUACGCUGCAAAGAGGAAUUUCAUCAAGGAAAAUGCGUUCAGAAGUGGAAUCCAGUAGUCCGGAUGGCGCAGGUUUACGGCUGGAAGCGUUGUGCUAAAUGCCAAAACAUUGUGGAGCUCAGUACGGGAUGCAAUCAUACCACUUGCCGUUGCCGGUACGAAUUCUGUUAUGUUUGUGCCAAAAAGUGGCAAACAUGCCGUUGCCCGCUACGGGAUGAACGUCGUUUACUUGACCGCGCAAACCGAAUUGUGGCCCGAGACAAUGCCGUACUAGAGGCUGCCGUUGUGAACGAGGUAGCAGAGAUGCUCCGACAACGCCAAGAGUGUGAUCACCAGGGCUGGAUGAUC